CUUCGUUUUAAGAGAAAGAUUAUUGGAUUAAAAGAUGAGUUUUACAACCGCUACAUAAUGAAAAGUUUUUUGUUUGAACCAGUAGUCAAAGCAUUUCUCAACAAUGGAUCUCGCUACAAUCUGAUGAACUCUGCCAUAAUAGAGAUGUUUGAAUUUAUUAGAGUGGAAGAUAUAAAAUCAUUAACUGCUCAUGUCAUUGAAAACUACUGGAAAGCACUGGAAGAUGUAGAUUAUGUACAGACAUUUAAAGGAUUAAAACUGAGAUUUGAACAACAAAGAGAAAGGCAAGAUAAUCCCAAACUUGACAGUAUGCGUUCCAUUUUGAGGAAUCAUAGAUACCGAAGAGAUGCCAGAACACUAGAAGAUGAAGAAGAAAUGUGGUUUAACACAGAUGAAGAUGACAUGGAAGACGGAGAAGCUGUAGUGUCUCCCUCUGACAAAACUAAAAACGAUGAUGAUAUUAUGGAUCCAAUAAGUAAAUUCAUGGAAAGGAAGAAAUUAAAAGAAAGUGAGGAAAAGGAGGUGCUUCUGAAAACAAAUCUUUCUGGACGGCAGAGCCCAAGUUUCAAGCUUUCCCUGUCCAGUGGAACAAAAACUAACCUCACCAGCCAGUCAUCUGCAACAAAUCUGCCUGGUUCUCCAGGAUCACCUGGAUCCCCAGGAUCUCCAGGCUCUCCUGGAUCUGUCCCUAAAAAUACAUCUCAGACGGCAGCUAUUACUACAAAGGGAGGCCUCGUGGGUCUGGUAGAUUAUCCUGAUGAUGACGAAGAUGAUGAUGAGGAUGAAGACAAGGAAGACACAUUACCAUUGUCAAAGAAAGCAAAAUUUGAGUCAAAAUGAUGGCAGCUGCCUGUGGCCAGUACCUGUUGAAAAUCUGGUUCUCUGCCCCUCCCCUACGAUUCCACCACAAGUGCAGUGGUCUCUUGUGAAUGACUGCACAGACCAGCCUCGCACACUUGACUUCUGCUCAUCAAGUGCCAAUUCAAUGGAGCAGGAGGAGGGGAUAUCAACACAUUUAGGGGGAAGACUUAAUCCUUUGAGCUCUCCAGCUUGGACCACACAUUGCCCUUUUCUCAGGGAAGGAAAUGGAAACAAAAAGCCAACAGGGCAGGGGUUUUUUUUAAGUGGAACUCUGGAUUGACUGGUCAGUUGCUACAAUCAGAAUAUGCUUUCUUGGACCAUGUUUGAGACUCAGAAGAAUGGGCCUUUCUGCCAUAAUUCUUCACUAGUUAAGAAUGCCAGCAGUUUCUUUGUAUAAAGAGACCUGCCUUUAAAAUCAUACAUUCUGAACAUUUUAGUCAAGCUACAACAGGUUUGGAAAACCUCUGUGGGGAGGGGCGAAUAUAAAGUUUCCUCUUUUUUAAUCUGUUCCCUUUGCCCUUCAAACUGCAGAUUUUUUUUUAAGUGGGGAUUUUUCCCUACUUGAUUAAAGAUUGAGUGGAAUUCUAGAUGUGGUCAUUUGUGUCAUAAUUUUUUUUUUUUGUUUCAUUUUGUUUUUGAUUUUUUUUUUUUUUUGCCUCCCCUUAGUGUAUGCUUAGUUGUUGAGUAUAUAUAUUUGGGACCAUUAAAACUUUUUUUGAUGUAAUAUAACCUAACGUUGUGCUGGUACCUGUUUUGCCAUGUGUAAUUUUUGUUCUACAUCACAGCUCUUAAUUUGUUUAGAGUUUUAUGAAAGAUGGUAUAGUUUUUAUUGACGGAAGCAAAGUAAUCUUACAACUAUGUGCAUACAAAAGCAAUACUAUUUUGUGACUAAAUAUUUUAUAUUAAAAUUUACAUCAGCAACUGUCUUGAGAAUUCAGGGAAAUAGAGUGGAAUUUAAAACUUCAACAGUUUUUGUUAAACCUAGAAACGGGAAAUAAAUUAGUAUUCCAAAGA